CUCUCCCCUCCUUCAUCCCAUAGCUGUCAUCCAGAGCACUGUUGAGACGACGGCUCAAUACCUAAACGGCUGGAUGAGAGCAGCAGGCGACAUUCAGGGCAACAUGGUCGCAUGACUCGUCCGAGCCGAGGGCAACCAUUCCGGGGGGACGGCUCCACUGCUGGAAUCUGUGACAUUUUCGACGCUACCCACGGAGAACGCGGUUCUGGGAAAAUACAGUCAGAGAUAGAGGCGUGGAGGCGAAGAGGGACGGCACAUUUCCCCCGUUGCGGUGUCCUAUUUCGUUGGUGAAGGAUUGUACGGACACCCCGUCUCACACUAAGCUAUGGAAUGCUCCCUGCACCCACCGUCACUAGUCUCCAAUCUUUGGACUGAGCUCAAAACGCUUAGUUAGCGGCUGUGCUUCUCCCCUCGAACUCUUUAUACCCAGGGGACGAAGAAAAGGAGCGGACUUACCUCAAGUCCUCCGCUAUAAGCGCACAGAGCAGUUCUAUUUUUUAAAAGAAUAAAUAAGCUAUAUUAGUGUUUUUCGCCUCUUGGAUUCCCCCCCCCCCCCGUGAAAUCAUAUCAAGAUGGAUCUAGAGCCGUAUCUGUGGAUGGUGAUCCUUGGCUUCAUCAUUGCCUUCGUUCUUGCCUUUUCGGUGGGCGCCAAUGAUGUGGCCAACUCUUUUGGCACAGCAGUGGGAUCCGGCGUGGUCACAUUGAAGCAGGCCUGCAUCCUGGCGUCUAUUUUUGAGACCCUUGGCUCAAUGCUGCUGGGGGCCAAAGUGGGUGAGACGAUUCGAAAGGGCAUCAUAGACGUCUCCCUUUACAACGAGACGGUGCCCACACUCAUGGCAGGGGAGGUCAGCGCCAUGGUCGGGUCGGCCGUCUGGCAGCUGAUCGCGUCCUUCCUCAAACUGCCCAUCUCUGGGACUCACUGCAUUGUUGGUGCCACCAUCGGCUUCUCCAUGGUCGCCAUUGGCACCAAGGGCGUACAGUGGAUGCAGCUUGUCAAGAUUGUGUCAUCGUGGUUCAUAUCGCCUCUGCUCUCUGGACUCAUGUCUGGACUCCUCUUCUUGCUCAUCAGACACUUCAUCCUCAAUAAGGACGAUUCCGUCCCUAAUGGCCUGCGAGCGCUGCCCCUCUUCUAUGCGUCCACUAUUGGGAUCAACACUUUCUCCAUCUUGUACACUGGAGCUCCAGUGCUCGGGUUAGAGAUGCUCCCGGUGUGGUCCAUUUUUCUAAUUACUUUAGCUGAGUCGCUCAUCUGUGGAGCUGUGGUCUGGUUUUUCGUCUGUCCCUGGAUGAGGAGGAAAAUAGCAAGUCGUCUCAAGAAGGAGCAGGCUCUAUCACGGAUCUCUGAUGAGAGUCUGGACAAGAUCCCGGAAGAGGAGGAGGAGAGCCCCGUCUUUAAGGAGCUCCCAGGGGCCAAGGGCACAGACGAGGCCGUGCUGCCGCUCACCGGGGGCAGCAGUGACCGGUGCACCAGAGAGUCCAGCGGGGAGCUCAACAACCUCACUAAUGGAGGCAAUGUCCUGCCAAACGGCAGGGUGUACGGCCGGACCAACUCAAUGACCAACGGCUGCCUGAAGUCCCCCAUCUCUAACGGCAGCUUCACCUUCGAUGGCCACAUGCGCAGCGAUGGCCAGGUUUACCACACAGUGCACAAGGACUCGGGCCUGUACAAAGACCUUCUCCACAAAAUCCACGUGGGCCGCAUGGACGAAAGCGACCGCUCUGGCUCCAACGCCGGCCCAGCAGACAACAACUACCGCCUGCUGCGGCGCAACAACAGCUACACCUGCUACACCGCAGCUAUCUGCGGCAUGCCCGUCCAGCCACUCAUUCGCUCAGAGUCACGCGACGACAGCGAGAAAUUGGUGGGAGAGGGAGGCGGCAGGAGCAACAGCGUGUCCUACACCAAAAAGAGGAUACGCUACGAUAGCUACUCGUCCUACUGUAACGCUGUGGCCGAGGCUGAGAUUGAGGCAGAGGAAGGUGGUGUGGAGAUGAAGCUGGCCACAGACCUGGAAGGAGUGGAUGAAGACGGGGCUCCUGCUCCGGUACCUCUGGAUGACCUGGCUGAGGAGGAGGAGAAGGACAAGCCUGAGGUGUUCCUGCUUUUCCACUUCCUGCAGAUCCUCACCGCUUGCUUCGGCUCUUUUGCCCACGGAGGCAACGAUGUCAGUAAUGCCAUCGGACCCCUGGUGGCGCUGUGGAUGAUCUAUGACCAGGGCGGUGUGAUGCAGGAUGCUGCCACUCCCCUCUGGCUGCUGUUUUACGGCGGUAUAGGCAUCUGUGCCGGCCUGUGGGUAUGGGGCCGUCGCGUCAUCCAGACUAUGGGAAAAGACCUGACUCCCAUCACCCCGUCAAGCGGAUUUUGCAUUGAAGUAAUGAGUGCGCUAACAGUGCUUGUUGCAUCAAAUGUGGGCAUCCCAAUAAGCUCCACCCACUGCAAGGUGGGCUCAGUCGUAGCCGUUGGUUGGAUCCGCUCCAAGAAAGCGGUGGACUGGCGCCUCUUCAGGAACAUCUUUCUGGCGUGGUUCGUCACCGUGCCCGUGGCCGGCCUGUUCAGCGCCGCCGUCAUGGCCCUGUUCGUCUACGGCAUCUUGCCCUACGUCUGAGGGCCGCGGCCAGGAGGGAGAACAGAGGAGGAAGAGAGAGUCAGAGAAAGAGAUGGAGGGAAACUUGGGUGAAAUCAGAGCUCGAGUGUAAGGGGUAUGGAUAAAGGAAAGGAAAUAAGGAGAGGAAGGGGUGACGGGGGUGAGGCUCAGAGGUUUACACAUGGACGUGGUUGUACUGUGGAUGUGAGGAGGGUUGGUUCAUAUGCUGCCUGGCUCCGUAGUCCAGAGAGGUUCUUUUGACUCAUAUGGGUUUCUGAUUGUUUUAAUUUAUUCUCUUCUUUUGAGUGCAUAAGAAAAAAAAGUGUAGAACAAACAUGUUCACUGUACCAUUCAAUGUGCUGUACAUAUGCCAUAACAGAGAGAUAUCCAGUCACUCUUUGAAAAAAAACAAAAGGUGUUGGAGACACAAAAAAAAUCAUGAGUUUAACAAAAAAAAGACGGCACAUCUUUAAAAUAAUCAUGAAAAAGGUUAAUUCUGCAAACCUUACCGGCAGUAAAACAACAUCAUGCUGCGUGCUAUCCCAGAGUCGCGCAAGUGCUUAUAAUUUUUUAACCCAAAAUGCCGGAAAAAAACCCUGUACAUAUUGUUGUAUUGGAGUGUAAUUUGUUGUACUUUGGCUUGCUUUAAAGUUGAAAAAGAAAAACAACAAAAAGAUGUGCGUGUGGUAAACCAACCCAUCCAUCAGCUCACCUUUAACAUGCUAGCCAGGUACAACUAGGGCCAAACCGAAAGGACGCCUCAGAGGGUGGUGGGACUGUCACUCUGCUUUAUUUUCCACAUGAUACCACAGAAACCUGAUUCGCUAAAGAGUUGAUUUUUGUCAAGAGCUCCUGUAUGUUUUUAGAGAUGGAUCUCAUAUUUUUUAAUGAUGUAAUAUACUGUAAUUUGUAUUGUAAAUACUGUCCUUAAAGAGUUGGGGGGGGGGGGGGUGGAGGAACAUGGUGUGUUUUUAAACAUAGUAAGGAUGGGGGGGUGGCUCUUUACCUCUUCAUGAUGUCAUAUUAUACAGUGUCCCAGAGUACAUGCACACUCAGUAAACACACACACACACACACACAUACACACACACACACUUGACAAGCUGCUGUUUUUCCAUAGGUUCGCAGAAGUAUAUUAAUUGGAAAACAGUAUUGAAAUUGGAAGUAAUGAAGCCAGAACUGGAGAUAUUUAAUCCUUCUGAUUUUAUCGUGUCAAUUAACUUAACAGUAUUGGCAGAAAGUUCUGUUAUAUCAGUGAGAUUUAAGAAGAAGGAGGUUAAGGUACCACAGAAGCCAAAACACUAAAACUGAACAGGGACAAAAACACUAAAAGGGUCCCAUAAAAUGUUCACAUACUGUAUCUUCAUCCGUUUGCCUUUGUUUUCAUAACAGAAUUCACCUACUGGAGUCAAUGUCUUGCAUUGAAGGCUCCCUGCCAAUGAUGGACCUCUGCGCUGUCCAUGUUUGGAUCAUUUCUGAUCUCCCGCCCUGCAUCGCCGCGCAGAUUACAUUUCUUAGUCCGGGAUGUGUCUGUCUGUAGCCCUGACCCUCGGCCUCAUGCGCCUGGUCAUUUGUCCGGUCAGACGGCGAUUAUGUGUCAUAUCACUUAGUAUUAUAACUCCAGCCAGUUAUGCAGAAGUGGGAGGAAAGGGGAUUUGACCCCAGCCACACUUGUAGCUCCUCAAAAUGAGCUGGUUGUUGUUUUGAAGUGUAGAAGCAUUUAGUCUUUUGAUCACCUGUGUUUCAAUCGAAGUGCUAAAGGCAAGCUAGAUAUCAUAGGCUCCAGUUUUGGGCUCAAUCGAUGCCAGAAAACGAUCACGAGACUUCUGUCUUAGGAUCAUUAUGGUAGGGGGGGGGGGGGUAGUACUGAUCAUCACCAGCUUUUUAACCAGGUCACAUGACCUGUAGAUGAACAAAGUUUAAAGCUUUUUUUAUUUGAACAAACUCGAUGCCAGGUGUUGCAAGUUCUUUUUUUUUGUUCUUGUGGAGUGUUUCCUAAUUUGUUUUUUUUCUCAUGAACAAAUCUAUGCUUAAGUAGCCACUUGCCUUGUAACAUUGUGUUUUACUUUGUGCAGAUACAGUAAAAUAAUUAAGUACUGUGGUGUUUACAUUGUAACCAUAUUGUAGACUAUCUGAAAAAAUAAACUGUUGCCUAAUGAUGCCAAUGAAAGACAAACUAUUAACCAUGAAUUUUUAAGUGCAAGUAAAAAAUAAAAUAACCUGAAGUGUCUAGAGAGAGAAAGAGAGAGAGCAAGUGUGUGCGUGAUGACUGUUUUUUUGUUUGUUGUAGCGGUAGUGCUAAUCAUGACCCCGGUCACUUUACACUGCUAAUACAAAGCGUUGACACUGCAUCUAUGGGUGCAAUUCAGUAAUGAAGAGAAUGACUAGAGAAAUUUCAUCGACUAUAUAUUUUUCUACCAUAUCUGAGUUUUAACCUGGGUGAGCUUCCUUGACACUGGAGGACCCAUUGUGGGUUGAGGGGAAGACAUGGGACUUUUUGUUCAGAGUUCUCUGAGAAAUGACCUUUGAACAAAACGCUGUCCCUCCUUGCUGUUGCCAUGUGCCGCACUUCCUCCCAGCCCUGUGUGUUCUUUGUAACAUUGUCGUUGUGUCGGUUGCCAAUAGAUCCGAUUUUUAAAUUACAUUUUUAUUUUUGAAUUUUAGAUGAAAAGACUUUGUAAUUUUGUUUCCCCGCUGCUUAUAAUCAGAAGCCUUGAGAGCAGCUUGGCGUCUUGCUUAAACAGGACGACUGCUCUAAACUAAAAGCAAAAAAUCUCUGUAGGCAACAAAAUAAAUCUUGUACUUGGUAACUGAUAACUGGGCUAUGAGGACAUUUGUUUCCUUGUUUUGGCAGGUUACCACUCUUGAAGCUCAUACCCUUUCACUCUUCCACGGGGUGUGUGUUACACAGGGGGCUGCACAGAGAUGGUGUGUGCAAACUCUGCUCUGGUACAGUAGAGCUGGCCGUGUUUCCUAAAACAUCUACAACUGUUCAAGAUCAGAUCUUUCCCCCAUUUUCUUCAAAAUGGCUAAAGUAACUGGUAUAUUUUAUCAUCUAAUAGAGAGCAACAGCUAAAAAAAACACUGAUUUUGUGCAUAGUCUAAAAUAAAUAGGCAUGUAACACUAUGCUUUAAAACAUUUGAACGUUCAUUUAUCCAAUAAAACAUAUUUUGUUACAAAGUCCACAGUUAAAGCUGUGUGUUAAAGGCCAACUAAAUUUUCAUUCAUGGUUUGUUUUUUUAAAUCUUGAGAACAGUGGUAUGGUGUGGCUGCAGCUGGUAGAUGUUGCUCUUGUGUUUAGUUGCUACAAUAAAAGGAGACUGAAUCCACUUUCCUCAGGUUGGAUUAUGAGGUUUACUGGACUGAGGUCGGCCAGGGUUCAGAUGUUUGUUUUGUGCUGCAUCACUGUGCAGCAGCCCCUUGUGUAACCUGCACUGUCAUUUUCUGUUUUGUUUUUCCAUGCAUUCUUAGUCCUGAUAGGCCAAAAGGGAUGCACUGCUCAAAAUAGGGAGGGAAAGUGAGAAAUCCCAAAUUAAUGGCUCAAAAUCUAAAGUUUAUAAUUAUUAUAACAACUAAGAACCAUUGCUAUAUCAAUAUUAAAGCCCCUGAAAAUUGUGGUUUCAAUAUAUUUCUUAAAAAAUUGAAUUUGUAGGUAUAAAACGCUAUGAGCUAUACUGUUAGCUUAUGGUAUUUGAUUGGCAGACAUCUAACGACUUUCAUCACACGUUGAUUCAAUGUCUCUGAUUGGUGCUUAAACUAUGUGACACCUCCAAUUUCCAAAAUAGCCUCGCCUACUUUAAACCAUUGAGAAAAGCCAAAAGAAUCAAGUGCAGAUAUCGCACACGUAAAGAUAACCAAAAAGUCUUUUUAAAAAAAGCUGAUUGGGAAAAUAAGUCAUCAGGGCCUUCUUAAAAGAGUCAGUUAAAGAUGAAACUGCCCAUAAUUCCAAUAAUUGUGCAGGUAAAAUUCGUGAUACUGAAGUCAACGCAGCCACUACAGAGCGUCGACACUCCCCCCCCCACAGAGAGGGACAGAAGUAUCAAUGGACGCUGCAGUGUAAUCCCAUUGAGGGAGUCACUGCGCUUCUAUUCGGUUAAAACUAUUGUGUGACCUUCGUAGAGAAACAGUAGGCACCAUUUCUUUCUCCCUGAUCGUGCAGCACAUAGGCAGUUUCUUGUGAAGGUGCAGCUACCGCCCCCUCCAGGCUAUAUUGUCAGAUCUGGAGGGGCCCUCAUCUGGUUGUGGCGUGCUGUCUCUAGUUUACUGCUCUGUUUUGUAAUAGGAUGUGCUCCUUGGCUGGCCUUCAGGCUUUACAGCUCUGUGUUGUCUUUUUACUGUUUACUGCUAUUUAACUGUCCAGUCCUUCAAAAGUAAAAACACAAAAAAAUACAACAGUAAUGAAUUAAAAAAUCAAGAGAAACUGUAGCCUGCUUCUACAAAAUCUUAAAGCUCUUCUGAUUUGCAUAUAUCGUACUGUAAUGUUUUAUUUAAGAUUUUAGUGGAGAAAAAAAUGUCUGCAUUUAACUAAAUUGUGGGAAUUAAAAUUACAAAGGAAAUUGAA